CUUGUUUCCACGGCGACCAGUUCCCACAACUCAAAUUCCCAUAUCGCGGAUUGUCCCCACUUCAAGCGUCGAGUGUCGCACACAGUGCAUUGACGAUUACACAGGACAACGUUACUUCGGCGACAAAGUUCUUAUUGUUCUUCCUGUUGGUCAUCUUCAAGAAGGAUCCCGACGAGUCAAGUUAUGGAAGCGUCUACUGUAUUCAGUAGCCUCUGAAACCAAUUCACGAUCUGGUGUAUGCAAAUGAGGGGGAUUAAACUCUGUGAGUAAUAUAAACAAAUUUCGAAGUUACAACACGGUGAAUCGUGACAGUUGAUCGUUCGUUUACGAAGAGAGGAGCCGUUCGUCUCGCGUGGUGAAAGUCAAUUCUGCACUACAGACAAUUUUCCUUAGUCCCAGCAUCGGAAUUCACGAGAAUUACGCUAUGGAAACUGCGACUGCUCUCACUGAGGGAGAUGGACAACCCGAGAAGUGCAACAGAAGAUUCAGAAGGGAAACUUUUCACCAGAUGCUGGCUUGCUUGAUCGCGAACUCUUCGGUUCUCGGACCCGCAAUGGGAGUCGGAUACAGCGCCGUUGCCCUCGGACCCCUCGGCUCACCCAAAAGCGGGAUGUCGAUUACUGAUGAUCAGCUGUCUUGGUUUGCGAGUGUGACGGCGAUCACUACACCAAUUGGAUGCAUACUGUCCGGUCUGGCGAUGCAACGAAGUCGAAGAUUCGGGAUAAUGACAACAUCGUUCGUGUCGUUGGUUGGCUGGCUGGUGAUCUACUUUUCACCAGGUUUCGGCUGCGUCCUAACUGGAAGAGCGAUUUGCGGUGUGGCCAUAGGCCUGGCGUCGGCACCGUCGACGAUUUACGCAGCCGAAGUUGCGGGCUCUAAGCUCCGGGGAAUCGUUGUGACCUGGACUAGCGUAUCGAUCGCGACUGGGGUCUUGAUCGUUUACAUGCUUGGAUUCUUCUGUAAGGAAAACUGGCGACUCGUAGCGUUGCUCUGCGGUAUGUUCGCGGCGUUUUCGUUGGUCCUGACAUUCCUUAUGAUGCCGGAAUCCCCGACGUUUCUGAAGGCUUCCGGGCGUUCGAAGGCAGCUGAAGAUUCGUUGCGGCGUCUGAACGGCGUGCGAAAGGACAAAAAGACGCCGGAACACCUCCUCGAGGAGCUAUUGAAAUCCAAUGCGAACGUCGACGAUGCGGCCAGGCCGGUUUCGAGAAUUGGCAGCAUAUUCAGGGCCGAGAAUCUCAAGCCAUUUUUCGUAAUGGUGGGCUACUUCUUCUUCCAACAGUUCUCAGGCACCUUUGUCAUUAUUUAUUACGCGGUCGACUUUGCCCGGGAGGCUGGGAUCCAGAUCGACGGGAAGCUGAUGGCCAUCUUUAUCGGAUUAACCCGGGUCCUGGGGACGCUUUGCGUGUCGUGGGUGUCCAUGAGGUAUGGACGGAGGAUUCCGUCAGUGGGAUCCGGGGCAGGGAUGACGCUUUUCAUGGGGAUACUGUCGGUCUACUCGUGGGCUUCGAGUAACGGCUUCGAGAUUCCAGACCGAGGAGUGAUACCCGCGAUCUCGAUCCUCAUGUACAUACUGAUGAGCACUAUGGGGUUCUUGGUCCUGCCAUUCGCUAUGAUCGGUGAGGUCUAUCCGGCCAGGUUCAAGGAUAUACUGUCAGGAUUGACGACCUGCCUCGCCUACGUCUUCAGCUUUAUAGCGCUCAAAGUGUACCCCGAAAUGCUUAAGUCGAUCGACAAGCACGGUGUUUUCAUCUUCUACACAGCUUUCUCACUAGCCGGGACUAUUUUCGUUGCUGCCUUGUUACCCGAAACGAAGGGCAAGACUCUUCGGGAAAUCGAGGAGUCGUACAAGAAUAACAAAAAGGCGAGUACCGUCAACGGCAAAACGAAAACUAUAGGCUGCAGUGAUGAAAAUGGUGAUAAGGAUCUUCAGCUCAAGAUUAUUACAAGCAAAGAUCAACGUCUUAAUAAUUCAAUGGACCAAGUUUAACAUUACGAAAUUAGUUAGUAUAAAUUAUAUAAUUGUUUUUAACGCAAAUGCCACUAUCAGUUGUUUUGCCAAAAGCUCGUUCUACUUAUCAUUCUCUUUUCGCAAUACCGUGCAUUGCGAUAUUUUCAUAUCUGUGUCGAACAACAUUAUCAGGACCCCCCCAAGAGCGGCAAACGAAGAUUAUCUAUACAACAUUAAGAAUCGAUUGCGAAAUGAACAUUGCGUUAUACGGCUACAUCACUAGAUAUAUAAGUAUUCAAACUGUCCUAAUCAAACAAUAAAAUUAAAUGAAGAGUG